AUGAAGAAGAAUAGUACGCGAAUGACUUCGAUUGGUUUAAGUGCAACAGCCAAUGUCACAUUAAAUAAUUCACUUGCAUACGUAGAAAACGUCCCGCUGGUCUUCAGACGCAUACAGAUCUUUAUUGCCGCCUCUAUUCUGAUAGCGGGAUGUUCACUUAACGGUCUGCUACUGCUUCAUUUAAAUAAAAAACAGCAGAACCCUAAUGAAAGAACGCCCCCGGCCAGUAUACUGAUUAUGUGCAUUGCAGUUGUGUCUACGUUGGUUCUGCUAACAGGAAUACCAAUUCUAACAGCACUUUUGGUCAUGGAUUUCUCCCCAUACUAUCUUUGUGAUUACCUGAGCUUUGCACACUACCACAUACUGUUCUAUGGCAAUGCUCUCGUUCUCAACUUCAUUGCUACUGUGCUGUUUGAUCGCUACUCCGCACUUACCAAUUUCAGAUUCAAAAUCACCAAACACAAUGUCAAGCGUAUAAUCGUGAUAAUAAUUAUCUACGUGAGUCUGGCGAUUUUUGGCAUGAUGACAGUGAGAGUCUUUCAAGGAGACAGAAGCUCAAAUAAGACUAUGUUUGGCCAUUGCCACUUUGCAAAUCACUUGGAGAAACUGAAAAGCAAAGGAGAGAGUCAUGCAUAUGGAACUACCAUUUUAAUCAUCGUCCUGAUCACACUGUGCAAUAUCUUCAUGGCUAGGUUCACCAGGAAGACACUGCGCUAUAUACGGCAGGUCAAUAGAAGAACAAAAGAAAGUGCACUUGGGGAACAGAUUCAACCACUUGAGACAAAAAGAGUCAAAGUAGCCUUCCUUAUAGGAAUACUGUUUGACUCUAUGUGGAUUCCCUUUGGUAUUAUAGCUACAUUGCAGUAUCGUGUUGAUCCUGAAGUCACUGGCAUCGUAAAAGUGUUUCUACACUUGGCCGCUUAUGCUUCUUUCGGAGUUUUCCCUAUUAUUUAUGCCAAAAUGGAUCGACGUUACAUAAACUUUAUUUACCUAAAAGUCCCUUGCCUGCGAAAGAACGCUGUUGGUGAUGGUCAGUAA